AUGGGAACUUCGAGUGCAAAUAACAUGGACGUGGUCGUGGACGUGGACGUGGACGUGGACGUGGACGUGGACAUUGACGUGGAGGUGGACGUGGACGUAGACGUGGACGUGGACGUGGACGUGGACGUAGACGUGGAGGACGUGGACGUGGACGUGGUCGUGGACGUGGACGUGGACGUGGACGUGGUCGUGGACGUGGACGUGGACGGGGACGUGGACGUGGACGUGGACGGGGACGUGGACGUGGACGUGGACGCGGACGUGGACGUGGACGUGGACCUGGACGCGGACAUGGACGUGGACAUGGACGUAGACGUGGACAUGGACGUGGACGCGGACGUGGACGUGGACGUGGUCGUGGACGCGGACGUGGACGUGGACGUGGACAUGGACGUAGACAUGGUCCCUGACGUAGACAUAGACAUGGUCGUGGACGUGGACGUGGACAUGGACGAGGGCGUGGACGUGGACAUGGACGUUAACGUGGACAUGGACGUGGACGUGGACGUGGACAUGGACGUGGACAUGGACGUGGACGUGGACGUGGACGUGGAGGACUUGGACGUGGACAUGGACGUGGACAUAGACGUGGACGUGGACGUGGACGUGGACGUGGACGUGGACGUGGUCGUGGACGUGGACGUGGACGUGGACGUGGACGUGGACGUGGUCGUGGACGUGGACGUGGACGUGGACGUGGACAUUGACGUGGAGGUGGACGUGGACGUGGAGGUGGACGUGGACGUGGACGUGGACGUGGACGUGGACGUGGAGGUGGACGUGGACGUGGACGUGGACGUGGACGUGGACGUGGAGGUGGACGUGGAGGUGGACGUGGAGUGGACGUGGAGUGGACGUGGACGUGGACGUGGACGUGGACGUGGACCUGGACGUGGACGUGGACGUGGACGUGGACGUGGACGUAGACGUGGAGUGGACGUGGACGUGGACGUGGACGUGGACAUGGACGUGGACGUGGACGUGGACGUGGACGUGGACGUGGACGUGGACGUAGACGUGGACAUGGACGUGGACGUAGACGUAGACGUGGACGUGGACAUGGACGUGGACGUGGACGUGGAGGACGUGGACGUGGACGUGGACGUGGACGUGGACGAGGACGUGGACGUGGAGAACUUGGACGUGGACGUGGACGUGGACGUGGACGUGGAGAACUUGGACGUGGACAUGGACGUGAACGUGGACGUGGACGUAGACGUGGAGGACCUGGACGUGGACAUGGACGUGGACGUGGAGUGGACGUGGAUGUGGACGUGGACUGGACGUGGACGUGGAGUGGACGUGGACGUGGACGUGGACGUGGACAUGGACGUGGACGUGGACGUGGACGUAGACGUGGACGUGGACGUGGACGUGGACGUGGACGUGGACGUAGACGUGGAGGACGUGGACGUGGACGUGGACGUGGACGUGGAGAACUUGGACGUGGACAUGGACGUGAACGUGGACGUGGACGUGGACGUGGAGGACUUUGACGUGGACAUGGAUGUGGACGUGGACGUGGACAUGGACAUGGACGUGGACGUGGACGUGGACUUGGACGUGGACGUGGACGUGGACGUGGACGUUGACAUGGACCUGGACAUGGACGUGGACGUGGACGUGGACGUGGACAUGGACGUGGACGUGGACAUGGUCGUGGACGUGGACGUGGACGUGGACGUGGACAUGGACGUGGACGUGAACAAGACAGGGACGUGA